AUGGGGCGCUCUACAACAGGGGAUUGCGGUGAGCCAGACGGCGCUGCUGGUGCGUCAGACCGCGCUGUCGGUGCGUCAAACCGCGCUGUCGGUGAGCCAGAUCGCGCUGCUGGUGCGUCAGACCGCGCUGUCGGUGAGCCAGAUCGCGCUGUUGGUGCGUCAAACCGCGCUGCUGGUGCGUCAGACGGCGCUGUCGGUGAGCCAGACCGCGCUGUCGGUGCGUCAAACCGCGCUGCUGGUGCGUCAGAUCGCGCUGUUGGUGCGUCAAACCGCGCUGCUGGUGCGUCAGACGGCGCUGUCGGUGAGCCAGACCGCGCUGUCGGUGCGUCAAACCGCGCUGCUGGUGCGUCAGAUCGCGCUGUUGGUGCGUCAAACCGCGCUGCUGGUGCGUCAGACGGCGCUGUCGGUGAGCCAGACGGCGCUGCUGGCGAGCGAGACGAAAAGGCCAAACGUUGUAGUCCCCCUGUGUACGAGAUGGAGAGCGAUUUGCUCGAAUUUUGCACCAUUAGCGCUGCUGCAGAUGCAGCCGCUGCAGCCGCAGCAGAGAAGGAUGCGAUCGGAGAGGCAGACGAGGACGAGGUCAAGGCCGGAGAGGUCAAUGACAGAGAGGUCAAGGACGGAGAGGUCAAGGACGGAGACGAGGCAGCAGUAGCCAGCGCGGGGGCAGGGGUCGUAGGGAACUGGGAUGGACCAGGAGACGUUGCCUGAGAGGUCCACCACGGAAUGCUGGACGCGGGCUGUGUUGUGCGAGACGACGAGCUUACAUGAAGAGGCGCUCCUGGAAGAGCGGGUUUUUUCAACUGAACCCCACCAGUAAACUUCCCGCUGCCAUCACGUGCAAGAGCCAGCGUCGGAACCUGGCCAUUGGGUGUGUUUGCUACUGUUGUGGUGAGGGUUGUCGCAUUGGUGGGAGAUGGGUGUGCAUCGACUGAGGCAGUGGAGCGCUCGGCGUUUGCAGCCGGACUAUUUUGACUUGGAGUGAGCUGUGCGGGAGAGGACUUGCUGGAGUUGGUGUCAUGUUGUUGCUGGGUGGUUCUUGGAAGCUCAGAAGGACUCUGCGGCCUUGAGGUGUCGCUUGUUUUGUUGAGCGGGUCUCGGUGCACAGGCUCUGGUCUUGGUGCCGUGCCGGACGCCGAGCAACUUUGACUCUUCGUCCGCGGGAUGCUGCUGCUGCUGCUGCUGC